UGCCACAAUUAUUCCACAAUUUCAAGAAGCCGCCCACACUUAUCAUCCACUGGCGUAUCAAUUCGAAUUCCUCUAUAACACACAACCGGGUCAAACACUCCGAAGUCCGAACCAUAAAAAAUGGAACCCGAAACACCAUCAAAAGCUCACGUUGUGAGUUCGUUAAUGUCGGUGAAGCGAAAUUCCGGCAAAACAUUCGGUCAAAUUGCAUCGGAGACAGGGUUGACCAACGUAUACGUUGCUCAACUGUUGAGACGUCAAGCGCAAUUGAAGGCGGACACUGCCCCUAAACUCCGGGCAUCGCUGCCCGGCUUGACCGAUACACAUAUUCAGCAGAUGAUGGAACCGCCACUCAGAUCGUAUGAUCCGUCAAUCCUACAGGAUCCUACUGUAUACAGGUUGAAUGAAGCUGUUAUGCACUUUGGUGAAAGCAUUAAGGAAAUUAUUAAUGAAGAGUUUGGUGAUGGCAUAAUGUCAGCUAUAGACUUUUUCUGCUCUGUGGACAAAGUGAAAGGUGUAGACGGGAAGGAUCGCGUGGUUCUCACCUUUGACGGGAAGUAUCUGCCGCAUACCGAGCAUAAGGUGGAGCAUAUGGUUUCAAGAUUAAAUCUGCAGAAAGAUUAAACAUGGGGUUGGUUGUUUCCAUUCAGACAUAAAUAGUUAUUUGAUUUUGAUCAUGCCUGUUUGAUCUUCACCAGAUGUGUUGUUAUGUAUGCUUUUAGACAUUAUAAUGGUCAAGUUGAUAUGCAAUGGCUUUUAGCUGGAGAUUUGCAGACA